GACAAGCAUGCGCAUUGCUUGCAUCUUGUUCGUCACGUACCUUGCUUGCUUGCUAGACUUCAGGCUCGGUUUUGCUGCAGACAGUUGGGGUUCGCCUAACGGGGGAUUGUUUAAAAAACAAAAAGCAAAAAAAAAAAAAAAGCAAACACCUGCCACGAUAUAUCGUCGUCGCAAAUGGCGAGGUACCUGCGACCCCCGAACUCCUCUCUCUUUGUUCGGAAUAUCUCCGAGGAGUCCAGGCCAGAAGAUUUGCGGCACGAGUUUGGUCGUUACGGGCCUAUUGUAGACGUCUACAUUCCACUUGACUUCUAUACGCGGCGACCAAGAGGAUUUGCUUACAUUCAAUUCGAAGAUGUCCGGGAUGCUGAAGACGCCCUCCACAACCUGGACCACAAGUGGAUGUGUGGGCGCCAGAUCGAGAUCCAGUUCGCCCAGGGAGACCGCAAGACUCCUAACCAGAUGAAGUCCAAAGAGCGCCAUUCCCCUCGCAGUUUCUCGCGCUACGACGAUGAUGACGACCGCGACGGGCGCCGCAGACGAUCACGUAGCCGCAGCUAUGAACGUCGCCGUUCGCGCAGCGCCUCAUACGAACGGCGACCGCGGCGGUCGGUCAGCCCCAAAGACUCACGCCCCUACGGCCGACACAGACGCAGCAAGAGCCGUGAAAAUGACAAGCACAAAAGCGCCCAGCACGAGCGCCACAGGGCCCCGCGUGAGGCCGGAUCCCGGAACCGCUCGGCAUCCCGCUCGCCCUCGCCCUGCCGUUCCAGGCCCAGGGGCAGAAAGAGCGGGUCCCGCUCACACAGCCCCGCCGCCCAGGAAGAAGACUUCCGCCUGGCCCCAGGUUCCCACAAGCGCUCUUUUGGCCGCUCUCCAUCACGCUCGGCGUCCCGCUCCGCAUCCCGCUCGCGUUCACGCUCCCGCUCCUGGGCAGAGUACAAAUCUGGAGGGCGCUAAACAACAGUUAAGUUUGACAUUUAGUCACUUAAAAAACAAAUUUUGUUUUUCUGCAUUUUCUUGUUCAUUGAUGUUUUUCCAUGUAGACUAUGAAAAUCUCUUCGAAGACAUUGGCCAUAAUUUCCUUUCGUUGGAUUGUUAUGUUGGACUUUUCACUUCACUGUAAACUCCCACAUCCAACAAAGGACUGUUUUGUUUUGCUUAUUCUUUGGUUUUGGGUGAUGACUGUAGCAGGUUGCGCAAUAACAACAUGAGAUAUAAGUACCUUUUUGUACUCGCUACUGAAUUUCAGCAAUACCUCUAUUUUACCACAAGGAGACAGUGGACCUUUUCCAUUCCAUGUCAAGCGUUCAGGGUGAGUACUGAAAUCUACUGUAAAUGUUGUUUAAAAUAUGCCAGUACAGUAAAGAUGAAAACGUUUUGAGACGCUUGCCGUUAUUUCCCUUGGUAACAUUUUUACUUAAAGAUUCUCAUCUGAGGUUUUACUGUAAUUUGCUCAUCAGUAUGUUGCUAUUUGUACUGUGGGCCACCAUUCUCAAAUUCUGUCGUUCAAUAAAGUAAUUUACCUGACAAAAUUGACCUGGUUGGACAAUAUACAUUAAAUGAAGAAAUCAACAGUCAAACGGUUUAGGGGGGAUGGGGAAGGGAUUAUUUAUUAAUUUCAUGUCAAAUUUAACUUCAAUCAAUGCAUUUUUCCAUAUUUUUUUAAACCAAUUGUUACCAAUAAACAGGGCAUUUCUUCUUUCCAAAGAAAAUGAGUGGGGACAAAUUCAAAUCCAAUUUAUGACAAUACAAGUUCUAAUUUAGCAUGAGGAGACUGCAAUGCAUGACUUAACUGGAUCAACAGCAUAUUAACAUAAAAAUAAUCAGCUGGCGGAAGAUCAGCUGAGAGGUAAGGGUGCUUCUAAAAUUGUUUUUAGGACAAAAAUAGUCAAAUUGGUUUUCUAAGGGGCUCAAAUUUAGGCAUAACCCGAGUUACAAAUUCAUCCAGAUAAAUGUCGCGCAAAUACAAAUCUCCCCGGUUCCAAUCGGCGACACAUUUCUUUCACUCUACACUGCAUCGUACAAAAUCAUAAAAACCAUGUGCAAGAUCUCCCAAAAGACUUCAGUGCAGGGCUCACUCAUUCUGGCAAAUGCUUGGUUUUCUUUCUUUUUCUUAACAAAAAUAUUCUUCAGCAUCAACGAAGUCGAGACGGUGCUCGUCCCAUACAUUCAGUGUUAUAAUUAGUACUAAAAAUACUUUCGUCUGCAAGCCUCCGCCGUACUCUGUGCUUGCAAAUGUACAAUAUGCUACAAGAACUUUAUACAUGCCAUCAUUCUUAUUAGUAUUUACAUGGCUCCUGAAAGACAUGAUCAUCGAAUGAGGUUUUGUCGUCUUUAGUCUGGCUAUGAAGCAGAUUCAAUUCUGCACAGGGAAAGCAACAACGAAUCAAAAGCAGAAAAUGGCUCACGUGAGGAGGAAAACAAGAUAGUCGAUCGCGCAUCUGAUUCUAGACCGUCACAGCCUGUAACAACACAUCUGGAGCAAGUGCAGUGCAAAAUGGGCUCAAAAUCAUGAUGGACCAGAAACAAACAGCGCACCACGCUCAUAAUGUCACAAAAUGACAACGCAGCCUCAUCUUUUCAACACAAACUUGUGCCGCAGACAGGACCAAUUUUAUUGGUCCUCUUCCGCAUGUUACAGCGGGACGAGUGGGUGUUAAAAGAUGAGAUUGAGUAACAGAAGCAGGCGGGGGGGGCAGCUUUGGUUAACGCACGGCACCACCGAAGCA